GGUGCGUCUAACACAGAGUUGCAAGUACUUAAGAAGUGCGCCAGCUCUCAUUGCCUCAAGUUCAGCCCGCUCGUCGACGCUUUGUGACUACGCCUCCAAUUUUCACUUCCUGAAUCUCAAGGAAACAUCAAGCUCUUCAAGAUGAAGCUGUGGUUUGUUGCUGCCAUACUCAUCUCCGUUGCGUUUCCAUCCGGUAAGUGAUUUCAUCGCAAAAUGCAUUUUUUUAUCCACAUCCUUUCGGAUUGCAGCGAGCAACUGUAAGGCGAAGCCUUCGUCGCAAAAAAUGUUAGUUUAGCCACCAGUGCAGUAAAACAGAGAAUAAAAUUAUGUUACAUAUCAAUUUAUCGCAAUUGAAAUGAAAAUGUCGGAGUCACUAAGAUCGCUUCAAGCCUUCAGACAGAGACUAAUACACGGGACAGAAAAUAUCAGCCAAUUUUCGCCGCACAGCACAAGGACAUUACCUUAUCCCUAACAAUUUAAUUCAUGAUUUGAACUUCGAUAAAAACAGAACCCUACUCCCGGUAAUGAAUGUAUCUUUUGUUACAGAUCUGAAUCUUUUUGCUUUGAAGGUCAGCAUUCUCUGAUUGGCAAACUUACCUCGCCUUCUUUGUUAAAACUAUCCACUACUGUGCAAAUAUCACAUAUUCGAGUUCAGCUCGAAAGUAGAUCGAGAAAGAUUUUCUUAAAAAUUAUUGAUUGGUUAAUUUGCAAACUUCUUAACGUCAAAUGUUUCCAUUUCUGUUUAUUUUUUCGCCUUUAGUUUUUCCGACUUAUCAGCGCCCGUGGCCUUUACAUCUGUGUUCAUCUGUAAACACAUUUCUUCAGUUUAAUUUUGAAUGAGAAAAAAGCUUCGAUAUCGACGCACAUCUUUGUUCGUUUUUUUGGAGGUCCUUCAGGGUUGAUUUUCGACCCGCGAAGUUUUCUGUUGUUUAGGUAAAAAUCCGUCGAUUUUGGAACUAUACUUUAAAGCAACAGCUUGCACUCAAUAAUUCACAGAUCGCUUUGUGUACAUUACGCUUUCUCUUCCUUCACUUGAAAUCUAAAUGAAAAUUCGGUACGAUUUGAAAAUAAAUUGAGUUUCGGUUGCCUCGAAAUGCUCAUAUGAGGGACGAUUUUCAUGUUCUUGUGAGAUAUAAUUUUGUUAUUUCGCCCUAACAAAACCUUGAGAGCGAGUAUUCAAAUCAAAUUGGUCUGUUCUUCUCAGAUAAUGUCGUGCGCACGGUUAAACAAUGCACGAAUUUGUUUUAUCGUUUCUGUAACAUGGAUCAGUGAAAAAAACAAUGAAAAAGAGUGUUUUCAAUUAUAGGUCGGUCGAAUCUAACCACAAAGCCUAACAAUUUCUAGCUUUAGCACUGUCCCUGCAAGUCAAGAACGUGACUAGACGCCUGUCCGACUUCAAGAAACACCUUCUAAUAUAUCGCUCCGAGCGCUUCAAGGGCCGAGAACAAACAAUCGAGACUUAUUGCAAAGCCUUUUGCUAGAAAAGGCCGCAUCAUGGCUUUCCUCCCUUUUUUCUUUAACUUUUGAGAAUCGUUAUUUGCACGAGCCCGGGCAAUCUUUCGUCAACGAUUGUUAAAGACAUCAACAUUAUUAUUACAAGACGAAGGUAACAGAAAAUUCUUAAUAACAUCUCAAUGAUAUCCAACGGCCAUCGUUGAAAUUGUUAGUUCAGAACAGCAAGCGGCACCGUAUGGGGCACUGUUUUGGAUGGUAAACAGUUUUUAAUGAGUUUACACUCGAAUGGAUCUGGACAAAUAUAUCGAUCCCUGCUAGCUAGGCGUCAUGUCGUGCUUAAUCUGUCCUCCGUGUUUUUAAAUUUCUAUUUUAAAAUCCAAGUUGUCAAAUUUAUUACUAAUAAAUCAAAGGGGAUUGCAAAUUUGGCCCAAAAAGAGGUGGGGGGUUGAGGAUGGGGCCACAAUCCAAGGUCACCGGUGACCUGCCUCGGAACUAUUUUCAGUUAUUUUGCUCUUUCCUGAGGGUCGCAAUGGGCAGAUGUCUUUUACGACUAACGGUUAUAUCAUUCCAUUGUUGUCACCAGAAAUUUUUUUACGGUUAACUUUUUUUACAAGCAUCGAUUGGCAUUUGUCAAUUUUUUUCGCCUCAUGGCUAAUUUUUUUCUAUUUUUUUUGUCGGUUAACGCCCAUUGAGACCCUCUUUCCCUGUGUAAAUACAUUACACGGAGUCUUAACCCUUUAGGUCCCAGAUCAAAUUUGUAAUUCUCCUUACUGUCAUCCAUACAAUUCUUAUAAUGUUAGUUCAGAGAAUUUAGUAUUGGAUCAACUAAUUAUCCCCAAAUUCAUAUUUUUCUUUAUUCUCAUCACUUAUCUGGUUGAUAUUGUAUUGAUAUUGUAAGGAGAAAUUCUGUCGAUCACUCAUGGGAUUAACUACACAGCGACUUUAUUUUCUGAUCUUUUGAAAUCAAGCAGUAUCUUUAGUUCCAAGGAUUCAGUAGUAGGGGUUUGUACUUAGCGUUGCAUUAUCGUGUUGACACGAAGAAGCAAUUUAAGUCCCUAAAUCACUUUGUGAUCCUAGAAGUUAAUUAAAACUCUUUCUUCAAGGGCAGAAAAAUAUCCGAGGAAUGUGUAGUGAGUAAACAAGGCUGCCGAUUAUCGAAAUGUUAAAGGAUCAAAGUAAAUUGAAGUUGCUUCUUUGCAUAAAUGUAAGGAUUGUGCUUGAAUUUUCAAAUUUUGUAUCAAAUUUCUCAUUUGGGAAAAACUAGGUCAGUUAAUAACGGUAGAAAUUGUUAUCUCAUUCAUCUUCAUCUAUGCAUUCCUUCUCGUGUAUGUUUUCAGUUUUGGGUUUGAAGUGCAUGACCUGCACCAGUGCUGAGUCGUGGGAUAAAUGCGAAGGAAAAAGUACGACCUGCGUGGCUCCGAUGGCCGAUAAGUGUGUCAAAACCUACUUGAAAGUUGGCUCAGUUGAAACUUUCACUAGAUCAUGCGGAUCCGAUGCUUCCUGUGAUAAAGAAACCAACCCUACUUGUAAAGCCGCCAGUGGAUCCUUUGAGUGUAAAAUCGACUGCUGCACAGGCGACGACUGCAAUGCUGGCGCAGCAACCCGCAUUAGCGGUAUUCUCUUGUUGUCAUGCGCCUUGGCCUCUCUGAUGAUGUUUUUCAAAGCCUGAGACUUGACUGAGUUCGAGGCUGAGGUCCAGCACGGCUCAUGAUCAAGGCCUCAACUAGUUACACGCUUUUUUGAUGUAUGUCAGUUGUGAAUUAGAAUAGAACGUC